AGAGAAAGAUUCUCGGAUUUGAAGCUCUGCAAGAUGAGGGCUAUCUUCUGUGGUAAUUUGGAAUAUGAUGCGCGGCAAUCUGAGGUCGAGCGGCUUUUUAAAAAAUAUGGAAGGGUGGAAAGGGUUGAUAUGAAGUCUGGAUUUCUUGGAUUAUCCAUAUCUUUCAUGGAUGGAUGGGAUUCUCUGCAUUUCCUUUCUGCCUUGUGCCCACGCACCAUCCUCAUAUAUUUUUACUUGAAGGGCCAAUCUGAUUCGCUUGGCACGAACAUAUUACUGAGACAAAUCAUUGCUUUUUCAUUUAUCAUGCCCCUUGUCCAGUCCUCAAUUCCUGACAUGUUUCAACAAUAAAAUCAUGAUGACAUCACAUACAGUAGCAGGGUUUGCAUUUGUUUAUAUGGAAGAUGAGAAAGACGCUGAUGACGCCAUCAGAAGACUUGACCGAGCUGAGUUUGGCAGGAAGGGGCGCCGACUUCGGGUUGAGUGGACUAAGCAAGAACGUGACAAUCGAAGGUCUGGUGGUGGUGCAAGAAAACCUGCAGCUAAUGACAAGCCUUCUAAAACCCUGUUUGUCAUCAAUUUUGAUCCUAUCUAUACCAAAUCCAAGGACUUGGAAAGGCACUUUGAUGCACAUGGCAAAAUAGCAAACAUAAGGAUCAGGAGAAAUUUUGCAUUUAUUCAGUAUGAAACCCUGGAGGAUGCUACUAGGGCACUGGAAGCUACGAACAUGAGCAAGCUUAUGGACAGAGUUAUAACUGUGGAAUAUGCGAUUCGAGACGAUGAUCGGAGUAAUGGUCACAGUCCUGAAAGAAGGGGCAGGGACUUUUCUCCUGAGAGAGGAAGCUACCGUAAGAGAUCUCCUAGUCCAUACCGCAGGGAAAGGGGUAGUCCAGACUACGGAUAUCGUAGGGAGAGAGGCAGCCCUGAUUAUGGCCGUGGCGGCAAACAUGAAGCUAGAGGUAGUCCUGAGUAUGGUAGAGAUGAAAGCCCUGCUAAUGGAAGAUACCACAGUCGCUCUAAACCUGAAGGUCGAGGAACUCCUGAUUAUGGUAGAGAUGAAAGCCCUGCUAAUGGAAGAUACCACAGUCGCUCUAAACCUGAAGCUCGAGGAACUCCUGAUUAUGGUAGAGAUGAAAGCCCUGCUAAAGAAAGGCACCAUAGUCGCUCCAAACCUGAAGCUCGAGGAACUCCUGAUUACGCUAGAGAUGAAGGCCCUGCGAAUGGAGGAAGAUACAGUAGUCGGUCUCCUCCACCACGAGAGAGAUCAAGAUCCUAAGCAAGGAGAUGGUAUCAAGUCAGUAUUUGGCGAAGACAAUCUCUAGAGAGGUUGAGAAGCUAAGACAAAGAGAGAACUCAAGUCGGUAAUUGGCAGCGCUGUUUCUAGAGGAGAGCUAUGGAUGCUUAUGUUUAGUAUUGAUGAGUUGGUUCUAGGAAUUAGAAAAAAGAUACUACUACUCUAUAUGUGAAAAAUGCGUGUAUCAGCUAUUCUAGGAUUGAAAUUGAAUUAUGUUUCAGGCUUGAUGUUUUUUUAGAUAUGCUUCAUAGGAGAGUUCAUUUUUGUUUCUGCUCUUCUGAACCCUUCAAAUGUUGCUGCUUAAGAGAUAAUUUAGGUUUCCCUCGCAAGCUUUUUUAGGUCUAUGGAUUUGAAAUUGUUCAGAAGUUUACAAUAUUUGUGUACAAUUUUCUUUUGUUAGUA